AUGGUGUAUAAAAAACUCCUGAAAUUAAAGAGUAUGAGUGGAAAGGUUGCCUCUGAGGUUAUAACAAUAUUCGCGUCCGACGCCCUGAGGGUGUUCAUAAACACUCAGCUGUUGAUAUACAUAUUGUCUAUGCCAAUAUAUCUGAUCAUCGGAAUUGCCUACACCUACUACCUCAUAGGAGCUUGGUGCUUCGUAGCAUGUGCAACAUUUGCCGUCUUCUAUGCCAUACAGACUGUUCUUAUUGAAAUAAUGUCUGUUCUACGCCGACGGACGUUGAUCUGGACCGAUACGAGGAUACGAAAGAUGAAGGAAGUUUUGGCUAGCAUUAAGAUGAUAAAAAUGUAUGCAUGGGAGGAAGCAUUUAAAACAUCUAUAAUGGAUAUUAGGACCUGGGAGACGAAACCGCUGAUACAAGCAUCAAUAUUUAAUCUAACUUUCAAUGCCAUCAUGCUUAUCACCCCAUCACUUGCUACUGUACUCACCAUAGCCCUGUAUGUAAACGCUGGAAAUGAACUAACAGUGUCCAAGCAUUUCAUGUUGGAAGAAGAAUUCAUCCCACCUAGUCGUGAUGUAGAAAGUUCCAUGAAUGCUAUUGAACUCCGAGACACGGUGUUCAUGUGGGAUAGCGAUGUCAACACCGCUCCAGGCGACGGAGAUAUGACGUCCAAACCACCUAAAAUGAGUGAAGAAAUAUCGUCAGAUUUUAGUAACAUUGACGACAGGAGAAAGCCGGGGAAGCAUAUCGGAAUUUGUGGAACUGUCGGCUGUGGGAAAUCAUCUUUGUUACAAGCAAUCAUCGGUAGGUUGCCUCUGAUUUCCGGUCGUAUUGCUGUUGACGGUACUGUGGCAUAUGCGGCGCAACAGACCUGGAUAUUUAACGGGACACUGAGGGAAAAUAUUCUCUUCGGACAACCCUAUAAACAAGACUGGUAUACGAAGGUUUUGCAUGCCUGUAGUUUGGAGCCUGAUCUGCGUACUCUAGCUAAUGGUGACAUGACAGAGAUUGGCGAUAGAGGAGCAAACUUAAGUGGUGGCCAGAAACAACGCGUGAGCCUUGCACGUGCCGUCUACAGUAACAGUGAUAUCUAUCUCUUGGAUGACCCGCUCUCUGCCGUUGACGGCCAUGUCGGGCAGCACUUGUUCCACAAAUGCAUUGAUUCAGUGUUGAGAGAUAAAACCGUCGUUUUAGUUACUCACCAACUCCAGUAUUUAAAGCACUGCGAUGAAAUUUACGUUAUGGUCGAUGGUGAAAUGGUCCAACAUGGAACGCACGAGACGUUGUUAGCCGUGGAAGGAAAUUACUCAAAGUUAAUUGGCAGUUUGGACACUACAUGUGAUAAAGGUGUUCUCACAGACAGAGAGACGUCCCAGAUUGGGGAAAUCAGCAUGGAAACAUACAUGAGCUACGUCCGUGCAGCAGGAGGCAAACUAGUACUAGUGUUUGUGCUCGUACUCUAUAACGCUCAAGAACAAGUAACCGUUUCGUUCGAACUAAUCGACACUGCCAAAAAAAUAUCGGAUAUGGAUAAUGUCAGUAAAUAUCCAGUCCAGACAAUUAACCUAACUACCUCCUUGGAAUUGAAGGAAGAAUUAGAAGAAACGGACUGGUAUUUGACUGUUUAUAUUUACUCAACACUUGGGAUAAUUGGACUAGCAGUAUUGAAAGGAGUGAUAGCUGGCAUAGUAAUGAUCAGGGCUUCUAAAACCUUACAUAACAAUGCCGUGAGGAGAGUGAUGAGUGCCCCGAUGCAGUUCUUUGACGCAAAUCCGCCGGGUAGAAUCAUAAACCGGUUCUCGCGAGACAUAGAAGACGCGUCUGUACCUGUCCGAAAUUUCAAGCGUCUAGAAAACGUUUUAAGGUCGCCACUUCUAAGUCAUAUGACUACAUCAUGCAGUGGACUUAGUACGAUUGUUUCGUACUCGCAGCAAGACUUUUUUAUGAACGGAUGUCAACAAUACUCGGACAUGACUUCAGUGGGAAUGCUCCUGUUUGAUUCGAGCAUGCGGUGGAUGAGCCUUCGAAUGGAUAUUGGGGGAAGUGUGCUGGCAGUGAUUACAACAAUCAUCGUUGUGUCCACCAAGGACGCCGUAUCGCCGGCUUUGGCAGCCCUGUCACUGACUAUGUGUAUAAACAUGACAUCGCUUAUCCAGUUUUUCAGCUUUACGAUUACUGAAGUGGAAGCUACAUUUACAUCCAUCGAACGUAUCCAUGAAUACGAGAAUCUCAAGGUAGAAAAGGAAACUGAGACUUUACAGGUCGACAGCAAAUGGCCAAGUCAAGGGAGGAUAGUCUUUUCAAAUGUGGAGAUGAAAUAUCGCACUGACAUGGAUCCCGUACUCAAAAACAUCAGCUUCGAUAUCCUUCCCAGACAAAAGGUUGGCAUUGUUGGCCGCACAGGAGCAGGUAAGUCCUCAUUGGCUGCUGCGCUGUUCAGGUUGUCUGAUCUAUCCGGAGGGCACGUGUUCAUUGAUGGCGUCGAAAUUGGAACUAUAUCUCGAAAACGUCUUCGUUCGACCUUGGCAUCGAUUCCACAAGACCCUGUCCUGUUUGCUGGUACACUUAGAUACAAUCUGGAUCCUUUUCACAAGCAUACAGACGAAGCGAUCUGGACAGCGCUGGACCAGGUCCAUUUGAAGAAAAUGAUGAAUCCCAUUUACCUUGACUUGACCAUCGAAGAAAACGGAGAAAACUUCUCUGUUGGAGAGCGGCAACUAAUAUGUUUGGCGCGUGCGAUCUUGCGUCAGAACAAGAUCCUUGUUCUAGACGAGGCCACAGCGUCCAUCGAUACGUCCACAGAUGCUCUGAUUCAGGAAACUGUCCGGGACUGCUUCUCUGACUGUACCGUCCUGACGAUUGCCCACAGACUCAACACCGUCCUAGGCUGUGACGUCAUAAUCGUCAUGGAAGCCGGAAGGGUGUUAGGAAUGGGAAAUCCACAGACCUUUUUAAAGAAUGCCUCUUCGCAUUUCAACAAAAUGAUUCGCGCUCAAACUGUGCUGUCACCAGACGCGUCGUUGACUAAUACAACGUCUGUGUAA